AGAAAACGCUUCAUCCCAAUGUACUACAUCAUUUCCUAGCUAUAUAUCCUAUUCACUGAAUCCGCACAUUUUUCUCGUUAACAGCAGGCAAUGGACCACAACAACACCGUAGAAAGCGAUACUCCCUUGAGCCCUCUGUCAGAAAAUGACCAGACAGCGCUUGAAUAUGGAGCCAUCUCCACACCUUCAUCCAAUAUUGCCGGCGACAUCAACCCAGAUACUUACCUCCAGUGGACUCACGUCAAGUCAGAGCUCAUCUGGCUCAUCUACUCGGCCACACCCAUCGUCAUUUCGUCAACCUCGCACCCUAUGAACCUUGCUGGCCUCUAUGCUGGGCUAUUUGGUGUCACGCCCCUUGCCGGCAUUGCCAUGGCGCUGGACACGUUCUGCAGCCAGAGCUUCACAGCGGCCAAGGACAAGCGCAUUCUGGGGGUGCUUUUGCAGCGCGCGUUGCUGAUUGGGGCUCUCACCAUGGCGCUCAUUUACCCGGUGUGGUGGGAGUCCAAGCAUGUGUUUGAAUGGUUCGGAGUGCCGACGGAAGUGGCGGAAGUGGCCGGGCGGCUUCUGCGCGUGUACUUUUUCGGCAUCGCGCUUCUAAUUUCAUACGAGUUCCUGCGCAGCUUUUUGUUCGCGCAGGGAGUCCGUAGAUUCGCACUGAUGGCACAGCCAAUUGGUCUUGUGGUUGGCUGGUCUCUUACCUGGGUAUUGAUUGGCAAUCCGUCGACAUCGAUGGGAAUCAUGGGCGUGGCAUUUGUCAUUCUUGCAGUCGCCGGGACGUUCUCUGCUGUCACAGUGCUGUUCAUAGUCAAGGUCGAGGGCUACCAGUGCUGGGGCGGAUGGUCGCGUGCGGCGCUGCGCGACUGGAUGCCGCUGGUCAAGCUGAGUGUAGCAGGCGCAAUUGUGUCAUUCCUGGAGACGUUCUCAUCCAGCGCAAUCGACCUGGGCUCAAUGUUCAUGGGCGCGCAGGUGAUGGCUGCACAGGCAGUGCUGUCAAUGCUGAUGACGUCGACAUGGGUGAUGGGCACAGGGUUCUCGGUGGCCGCCUGCAACCGCAUCGGACACCAUCUGGGCUCGGGCAUGGCGAACCGCGCCAAGCUCACAGUGGUGUUCACCGUUCUGGCGCUGGUCUUUAUUGGGUUCCGGUCGGGGCUCCCGCGCAUUUUCACCGAUGACGGGGAGGUGGCGGAGAUACUGGCGGCGCAUAUUCCGUGGGCGGCGGCUGCCGGAGCCAUGCAGGGCAUCAAUAUGGCGUUGAAUGGCGUGCUGCGCGGGCAGGGGAGGCAGCAGAUGAUUGCGCAGGUUAGGUUUUUGUCGUUUGUCCUGGUGGGGGUUCCGGUCAGUGCAUUGGCGGUGUUUGUGCUUCGGUGGACGCUGGCGGGGCUCUGGCUUGGGUUCAACGCGUGCCUAGCCUCAGCACUGGUCUUCCAGGGGUAUGUUAUUCUGACCACGAACUGGAACAAGCAGGUGGUUGCAUGCCAGAAGCGCGUCACAGCGACAGUGGGCACUUUUCACGAAGUUGACGGUGUUAUUGCAGGCAGCGAGGAUGCUGAGUCGCUCCUGUGAAAUGGCUAAAUGCCAAGCCGGUUUUCCGAGUAAUUAUUGUUGGAAUAAAGUCUAAUCUGUAACCCAC